AGUGAAAACAAUAUUUUUCUGUAUAUAUUCUCUGUAGAAUACAAUAUUUUUUUGUGAUUCGGAUUUGUUAUGUGAUAUAUCGAAUGGCAGAAGCUUCUGAAAGUCUUCGUAUCAGAUUAAGCAUUCUUUUAGCACGAUCUUAGGGUCACGUAAAGAAUUAACCGAUCACUGCAGUCCAUUGCAUACCAGAGGCGUGUGCAAUAGAAAUCUCUUUAUGUUUUAACUAUCCCCCAGAACCUCUUUGUGUUUUUCUCUUUCAUUUCAGUUUCUUCAAAACGUUAGUAUGAUUAGCUUAAGGAUUGUGACGGAUGAGCUGCUUCUAAUGCUCAAGCAUUCCUAACGUCUGGUAGCUCCCUUUGUUGUAGGUUCAUUAAACAUAGUAAAAUUUCUUCAACAAAAUCAGGUCUUCUAGUUUUUAUGCUGAGAAGCUUGUUAGCCUUUCGUCCAGCAGUAUCCACCGCUGUUAUGUCGUUUUAUUAUGGUGUCAUUGGUCCAAAAGCAGGCAUUUUUAAUACAUGGGAUAAAGCAAAAGCUUGCACUAAUGGCGUCAGUGGGGCACGCUGCAAGAAGUUCAAAACCCUUAAAGAAGCACAAGAUUACCUAGCUGAUCACAACCAUGAGUUUUAUUCAACUGGGCAGCUAUCAGAUAAUAAAAUUCUUCCUGAAAAUGGGGUAGCAUCUCAAAGCAGGAUCGCCAGUAAAAUUUUGCUCAAAAGUGACUUUGAUUUCUCCAAGCCAGUAGCUGUGAAAAAAAAGUUUGAGACCAAAUCAACUUCCAAGUUCCGCUCUUAUGAUGAGCUCUCAAAAAGAUUAGAGAAAUUAAAUCAAACGAGGAGAGGAAAUCCAAAUCCUCCACCAUCUGCAAAAAGCUCACCCCUAACUGAGGUCAAAGACUGCAAUUCUAAAAGAAGCAGAAGUCCGUCUGUCCUUGCAAGCAAUGAGACAACAGAAAACAUCAAACGCAGACGCCUAAUUGACACCGUGUCGAUAUCAGAUUCUGACGAAGAAAUCCCAGAGACAAAGAAAGUAGUUCCUGCAAAACCUUCACGAGUGAUAGAAGUGAUUUCUUCAUCUGGUAGUGAUUCUGAGCCAAGCUCUAACAUCUGGGAGGAUGAUGACAUUUUUGAAGAAGUACCUGAAUUUUUACUUACACCGGCAUCAUCUCUCUGCUCUGCAAAUUCUAAUCAUCAUGACCACCCAUCCAGCUCCUCCAUUCCUCUUAUGAAGGGGCCAAGUGGAAAACCUGUAAGCUUCAAAUUCAAUAGCUAUGGUGUUGUAGUGGUUUAUACUGAUGGUGCCUGCAGCAAUAAUGGAAGAAUUCGUGCUCAAGCUGGUCUCGGAGUUUGGUUUAAUCACAAUCAUCCUUUAAAUUUGUCUGAACCUGUGGUUGGGCCUGCCACGAAUAACAAUGCUGAGAUUCAAGCAGCAACUCGUGCCAUGCAGCAAGCCUUAAAAGCAGGUAUUACGGAUUUGGACAUAAAUACAGACUCACAGUUCUUAAUCCAGUGCAUAACGCGUUGGAUUCACAAAUGGAAGACGAACAACUGGCAGCUUUCAACAGGUGGACCUGUCAAGAAUAAGGAAAAAUUAGUUGAAUUAGACCAAGCAAUAAAGUCUAUGACCUCCGUUUCUUGGACAUAUGUACGGGGCCAUGAUGGAAAUGAAGGAAAUGAAGCAGCGGACGCUUUGGCUCGACAAGGAGCCCUCUUGUACAAACCAGAUCCUUCUCAUAAAAAUCGUCAAAAUAAGAAAAAAAAAACCCGGAAGUAAAUCCUUUUCCUUUUUAUAUUUUAUCAGUUAUUUGUCUUAAUUAUUUUCUUAAACCUCAUUUUAGUAGUACUAUGUUGCCUGAAAGGAAUGAAUCUAAAUUCUGAAUGAAUCUGAUGUCUCCUUUUGAUUGUCUGUUAAUUGUACGAAUAUUGGUUUAACCUCAAAUUGUCUUUCUUUUCUCAUAUUUUUUAUUUUCUUUUUUCCAAAUGAGGAUAUGUAUCUAUACUAUAAGCUCCGAGAGCUCCCAUAUUAGUAUACACACUCUAUGCAAAGCUGUGAACCUGAAAAUCGAACUGAUUUUUUUCCAGUUUAUAUUUGUUUUUUGUGCCUCAUUUGAUGUCACUGAAGUUUGUCUCUUUCUGAUCUGAAUUCCUGAAGCUUUCAAUUUAUGGCAGGGGUGUUCUGACUCAGUGACUAAAGAUAAAGCUAAGAGAUCUUUGUACUAAAGUUAUGGUCAUCCACUAUAUCUUGUUAAAAAUUCAAUGGUAAUUUGCUAUGUUGGGUUUUUUGUGUUUGGGGCCUAUUUCAGAAUUUUAACAGAAGUUAAACAAUAAAAAUAGGCCAUUAGAUUCAUUUUACAAAGAUACCUUUGAUACUUUUUAUGUUCCCUGUCUUUUUUCUUUUGAAUAAAUUUCCGCUGAGGAAUAAUC